CCACCGCACAGUGGGUAUAUAACAGCCGCUCUCCAGGAGGUGAGAGCUGAACGAGCAGAUUAAUGACACAUCAGAAGAGCAGCACACAGAGUCACGUCAUCAAAGAGAAAAACCAACACUGGCCAACAGGUAUAAUCAUAAAUCUCAUCAGCGAUGGCUGCUGUUUUGAAUGCUCAUCAUAUUCUAAAAGGCCUCGGCCAUCUCCCCUCUAAUGCUAAUCAUCUGUGCUGUAAUGCCGAGGAUGACAACAACAACAAUGCCGAUAUACCAGAAGAUCCAUGCCUUCUCACAGUGAAGAAGACCUAUAUGGCAAAGCAGGAGACCACACAUGAAGAGAGGAGUGAGAGGGUUCAAACUCAAGCCAAAGAACAUCAACCUGAAGAUGCUCAAACAGAAGAAUCCACCACAGCAAUCUGGAAUAUCAGCACAAAGCUGCAGAGUGCUGCUUUAUCCAACAAUAGCAACCAAACAGAUAAAGCCAUGCCAAAGCCUAAAGCAUCUGUCAGUGUCACUGCUGCUAAAAGCUCUAUUUUUGAGAAGUGGGCAGCCAUGGACAGAGACAGUCAAAGACCACUGGCCAAGAGGCAGCUGUCAGAUGAGAGCAGAGCCCGCACUUCCAGAGCCAGGAAGAAGACUAUGGUGAGAGAGGAAAAGGUGCAGCCCAGCACCGGUCACUCUGCAAGCCAGAGAGAAAAUAUGACCACUUUGGCCAGGCCUUGGUCCAGAAGGAAACUGCAGAAGGAACUGCUCUCUCACAGUGAUUUCUGCAGAGUUGACACGUAUGCAGUCGAAACCGGCAAAGAGCUAAAGAGCAAGAAGAUCUUCUCAGUGCAGACUAUUGCCCAGGCCAUCACAGAGGGAGCGUCUACUGAUUUAGAAAGACUCCGUGCCAUCUGGAUCUGGCUCUGUCACAACAUCGAGUAUGAUGUGACUGGAUACCUGGGUCUGACCGAGAAAGUGUGCUCUCCUGAGAGGGUCAUUGAAACAGGUCGAGGAGUUUGCUGUGGAUACUCCAGCCUCUGCUUACAGAUGUGCAAGGAGGUGGGCAUUGAGUGCAGGGAGGUGGGUGGUCAUGGGAAGGGGGUUGGAUACAGACAGGGUCAGAGCUACCAGAACACGAAGUCCAGUCAUAUGUGGAAUGCAGUGAGUCUGGAGGGCUACUGGUACCUGCUGGACGCCUGCUGGGGUGCUGGGACCGUGGACAUGGACAACAAAGCCUUCAUUAAGAGGUAUGAUGACUUCUAUUUCCUGACUGAUCCAGAGGACUUCAUAAACUCCCACUGUCCGGAUGAGGAGGAGUGGCAGCUGCUGGAAAGCCCCAUUAAGCUGGAGGAGUUUGAGAAGAGGGUGCUGAAAACCUCCGAGUUUUACAGGCUCGGAUUAACGCUCAUCCACCCCAAACACUUCUCACUCAUUACAGAGGAUGGUGAGGCCUCCAUAUCGGUUGGAUUCUCUCAGCCAGUGGACUUCACCUAUCAGAUCUCCCAGCGCAGUGGAUCUGAACAGAAGGAGCUGAGCAGCUCUCUGGGUCUUCUGACCGUUGCUCAGUCCAGCAUGAAGCUCCGUGUGCUGCCUCCCACUGCGGGCACCUUUGACGUCAUGCUGUUUGCCCGCCCUGGAAACACUUCAGGACUGUUCAGCUGGGUGUGUUCGUUCCUCCUUGAGUGUCCUGAGCCCAAGCCUGCAGAGCAUCUCCCCGAGAACCCUUACCUCUGCUGGGGAAUUCAGCAAAAUGCUGAGGCACUGGGGGUCAAGUCCUGUAAGUAUGGCAGUGAAGCCAUUGUGCUAAAGUCAGGGACAUUUGAACUGGUUCUGCAGACAGCUAGGCCGCUCAUGAUGCUUUGCGAACUGAUCCAUAAGGACCUGGACAAGGCUCUGUCUAAGAGAUGCCUGGCCAAUCAGACUGAGAUGGACAAACUUACUUGUAACAUCCUUUGUCCUUAUACUGGUUAUUACAGACUGUCCAUAUUUGUCAGGGACUAUGAACGUGCUGGAGACAGCUUCCAAAAUGCUGGCAACUUUCUUCUUCACUGCACUAGCAACCCAGUCAACCUGAAUGAACUUUUCCCGCCCGCUCUUAGCAACUGUUGCGGCCCUGGCAUCAGAACCAGCGAGGCUGGCCUUUCUAAGUUCAGCCACCAGGGGGCAAUAGUGAGCACACAGCAGGGAAAGUGCAACAUCACUUUCCAGAACCAGUAUAAUUUGGACCUUCAUGCCAUUUUGACCAAAGAACAGCACAAGGUGCUCACAUAUCCGCUAUCCCGGUACAUCUUCUUCACCCACAAUGGCACCAAGGUUACUGUUAGCAUCACUCUGCCAGAGCCAGGGGUCUACAAGCUUGGCCUCUAUGGCAAGAGCACCUCCAGCCAGGACUUCAGCCCACUUUGUGACUUUAUUAUCCAUAACAGUUCAGAAAAUGCUUGGCCCCCUUUCCCCUGCCCCUACUCUGACUGGCAGAAGGGUAGUGUCUUGCUGGAGCCCCGCUCUGGCCUGCUGGAGCCGCUGUCCUGGGUCCAGUUCCGCGUGAAAGUGCCUGGUGUCCACAGGGUCAGCGCGCUGGCCGAGCAGAGAGUGGACCUGCAGCUCAACAAAAGCCGAGUGUGGGAAGGCGAGGUGUUCACGGGGACAGCAGCACAGGUCAAACUUGCAGCGAGUCAGGAGGAGAACUCCAACCAGAUGGCCAUCCUGAUGUGCUUUGAUGUGCUGCAGCCACGGAAUGAAAUGUAAAAGACAAAAAGAAACUUUAGAGACUUAAAAGCAAGUAAUAGUGAGGAAACAUUACAUGAUUCAGAAUUGAGGAUAACCAAAAAAAAGAGGGAUAUUUGAUUAUUUAUGUUAAACAAAGGUUAAGAUAUUUAUGUGACCGCUAAUUUCAGAGAAAUUAGCCUUUUAAAAACUUUAUAAGAUGAAGCUUGAGUGAUAACUGUGAAUGCAGUUUGUGUGAAUAUUUGGCAGCUUUUUUUUGCUUCUGUUUUGAUUUUACAUAAAGUCACUGUAGACUUUUUGGUAACAAUUUACUUAAACCCUGUAACAUUACAUUGACGUAAUCAUGCCAUACACAUGUCUGUCAUGAGUAAUAUAACAGUGAAUGCAUUUACAUGCACUUAAUAAUCUGAUAACUCAUCGGACAAAAAUCUGAUUUUUUUCAGUAAUUCGUUCAACAUGUUUACACGCAUUUGGGUAAUCAGAUAAUGGGAAAUCUCCAUGUCUACAUGAAUCAGCCAAUACUUAGAUUUUUGUUUUGCAAACAGCCAAUAAACUCAGAGAAGAAGAAGGACGUGACAUAAAAUUCUAACUUCAUGCGGCUACUUUUUAAAAAAGGAGUUACUUUGCUGAAAAAUUUAAACACUUCUAGAAAAUGAAGAAUAUUCUAAUUCAUUUAAUCAAGCACGUAGUUAGUUUCAAAAAUGUUUUUUUGCCAUUUUGUGGAUGCUGUACUAAAUGCUGCUUGCUGUUUCCAGGUCAGCUCAACCCUCUGUCUGUCAUGGGCAGAAUAAGAAAGUGAAAGAAAUCAUAGUAAGGGUAUAAAUGCACCCAGAAGACCCAAUUACUGAGCUAAAAUUCGGGUAUCUUUGUCAGAUUUCUUGAAAUCUGAUAAUUUCUUAAAAUCUGAUAAUGCCUAAUUCGAUCUAAGAAAUUAGGGUAUGCUUUUUACAUGACUGCUUGACUAAUCCAAUCUUGCUUGCUUGACUACAGUGAUCUGAUAAUGAUGGUAUUAUUGAUGUGCAUGUAAACACAUUCACUGCCAUGUUACAAUUACUGAUACUUGUCAUGACUGAUGACCACUUUGCUGUAGGGCAGUGUUUACAACACCUACCCUUCAUGACAGCUUAUUCCUAUAGGCAUUAGAAAUAGGCAUUAGGCAUUAGAAGUCAUCUGACAUAGGCAUCAAAUCAACAUAAAAUCAAAGUGGCUUUUAUGACAGAUGAUGGCUAUGGUAAUAAGCCUUUAUAUGUGCUCAUAUAGCUUUAGGUCAGUGGUCACGAUGAGUUUAUAUAGGUGUCAUAGCCUUUUGAACACUGCUUUACAGCUUUACCAUUUUUGCUAAGUGUACUGCAGUUAGAUGUCAUGACAGCAAACAUUAUGGCAACUAUCAUGACAAUUAUCAGUAAUGGUAACAUGACAUUGUUACUGAACGAAAUCUGUCACAACAGCUUAUGAUAGCUUAUGACAUCUACCCUGGCAUGAUUAUGUCGAUGUUUCAUAGAAAGGUUAGUGUAAAUACUUUUUGGGGUGUAAACAUAGCAAAUGUGAAAAAAAAAAACACUGGGCAGACUGUUUACACGCAACACACGCCAGGACAUUUCUGCAACAGCUAAAUUUAGAGGCUUGAAAGUUAUUUGCAAAUGAAAAAAUAAAACAAGUGAUGCUAUUUAGGCUUGAGUGAUAUCCAUGAAUGCAGUUUAUGAGGAAUAUUUGGCAGCUUUCAUGCUUGUUUUGAUAUUAAAUGAAGUUAGUGCCAUAUUGUAGACUUGUUUGGGUGUGAAUGUAACACAUUUCUUCUGCAAUGUGCUAAAACUUACCAUGUUGGAUCAUUCACAGUUAGCACAAUUAGGCUUGAAGGCGUAAAGCUGUAGCAAACAUGGAGACUUGUAAUAAAGUGCCAGAUUUCUAGUCCUUGCUUUAUGUUUUGAAGACAAACAAAAUGUGACACUCAUGAAAAUGAUAUUGGUGUGGUGUACCCGGUGUAACUGCAACUCUUAAAAACUCUUCAUGUUUAUGAAGUAACAUAUUUAGAUUGCAUUAUCAUUAUCCUCAUUAUCAUUAUUAUACUCUCAUUAUUGUCUUGUGUGUCAUAAUAAAGUACUUCUGAAAAAUCA